AUGCAUCGCCACUCGCAUUCACAUUCUCACUCCCAUACGCACGGCGGCGCAGACCACGAUGCUUCCCUUUAUCCUGCCCAGGAGGAAUAUAACCUCCUCGGGGCUCUUAUAUUCUUUGCUUAUAUCCUUGCUGCGCUCGUACUCACUUCGAUCAUUGGCUUUGACCUCCUGAAGCUCCCUCGCAAAGGCACCAAUGCCAAGACUCCAUCACCGGGCAGAUACCACUCCAUCAGGGUCACCUUCCUCGUUCUGACAGCGACCCUGUCCUUCGCAACGCUAUCUUUCCAAAUGCUAUCUGUCCUAAUCCAGUCUUACACCCGCUGGACAGUCACCCACGGCAGCGUCGACGCCAGCAUGCUCUAUACCGGCCUGUUUCCCGGCCCCACCAACCUCUACGACUACGCCCUCGCCCUCUCCCACUCCAUCUGGCAUUGGGCCACCACGUCCACGCUCUUCGGUGAUUUUGCGACCGCCAUCCUCGCCUCCCCGGCGCGCCGCAUCUGGACACGUGCCGUUCUGUACUACUCCCUCUGCGUCAACAUCUGGAUGAGCGACGCCGGCCACCAGCACCGCAUCCCACAUCUAUCGCUGUACUUCUUACUCGCACAGAUCCUGCCUGUUUCUUUCACGCAGCAGCUCUUCCUCCUGGCGCUGGAGCUUACGCGUCGCAAUGCCGUCCCAGGCCGGCAGCCAGACGUUCGUGCGCCUUCGCAGCGUCGGCCAGCGUACUUCUCCUAUCUCGCUCUGUUGGUAGCAUAUCUUCUUGCCGUCGACACCGCCGCCGCCACGAACGGCAGGGACAGUCAUCAGCUCCAUUUCCCUGCCGUGCUGCCUAUGGUCCUUUUCAUCCGUCUGCUGCUCUUCACGCCGCUCUUCAUUCCCACGCUUACGCACUGGAUGGCCGCACAGCAACAUCAGCGCUGGAUGCCUGCGCCGGUGACCACGCUAGUCUUCUUCUUCGUGAUUGGUUGGCAAUCUAAAACCGCGAAGGAUGUGCUGGGCUUGGGAUGGCGCCACGUCCUGGAGGCAGUGCAUGAAGACCCUGCGGUGCGCGCGCUCGGGUAUGACCUUGUUUUGGCGAUUGUGGGAGCUGCCGCUUGGUGGGUGCUCGAAUCCUUAGAAAAGAGCCCCGUGCAAGAUAUGGUGAAGGAGGGGGUGCAGGGCAAGGCAGCUAAGAGCGAAGGGGAGGUCCUGCAAGGAAAAGUAGACGAAAAGCUGCGGACGGAGGCCGAUGGAUGCACACACCCUCCACCGGGGACUGGAGAGGGAUUGCAAGGACAGCUCGAUAACGUACUGAGGGCGCGGGGACAGGCAUCUGGUAUUAAGUGA